AAGCGUGCACCAGCCAUGUCGUCGUCGCCGUCUUCUUCCUCGCCGGCGUCGGCCGUCGCGGGCAGAUCGCCGCCGGUGCCGCACGUCGUUGAGGACUGCCUCGGCAUCGUGCAGCUCCUCAGCGACGGCACCGUGACGCGCUCCAGUGAUUACUCCGCCCUUGCUCUCACGUGCAACGCCCCGUCCGACCUGCCCGUCCGGUGGAAGGACGCCGUCUACGACGCCGGCCGCGGCCUCCGACUCCGCAUGUACACGCCGACCAGCCAUGACGGAGAGGAGAAGCUGCCGGUGCUCGUGUACUUCCACGGCGGCGGCUUCUGCAUCGCGAGCUUCGAGCUGCCCAACUUCCACUCGGGCGCGCUCCGCCUCGCCGCCGAGCUCCCCGGCGUCGUGCUCUCCGCCGACUACCGCCUGGCCCCGGAGCACCGCCUCCCCGCGGCGCACGAGGACGCCGCGUCCGUCCUCUCGUGGCUCCGUGGCCAGGCCGCGCCGUCGUCGUCCUCCUCCACCGCCGCCGCCGACCCGUGGCUCGUCGCGUCGGCGGACUUCGACAGGGUGUUCGUCUGCGGCGACUCGUGCGGCGGCAACAUCGCGCACCACUUCACCGUUGGCUGCGCCUCAGGCAAGAUCGCACUCGGUCCGGCGAGGCUAGCCGGGUGCGUGAUGCUCUGGCCGUACUUCGGCGGCGAGGAGAAGAUGGAGGCGCCGCCGCCGGCAGACACCUCAUCGGCAAUGAACAUCGCGCUGUUCGACCAGAUGUGGCGGCUGGCGCUGCCGGCGGGGGCGACGAGGGACCACCCGGCGGCGAACCCGUUCGGGCCGGAGAGCCCGCCGCUCGACGGCGUCGUCUUCCCGCCGGUGCUCAUCGUGGACCCUGAGCAGGACGUGCUGCGCGACCGCGUCGCCGACUACGCUGCGAGGCUGGAGGCCAUGGGGAAGCGCGUCGAGCUUGUCAAGUUCCAAGGGCAGGGCCAUGGCUUCUUCGUGUUCGACCCCAUGAGCGAGGCCUCCGACGAGCUGGUCCGCGUCGUCCGGCGCUUCGUCUACGGCGGAUAGGGGUGUCGGGCGCGACACGGCCAGGCAGACGUAGCCCGGUGGCUACCGGGGUAGCAGCAGGUGUGCAGGGUUCGAUGUAGUGGCGGGCAAGGUGGAGCUCUAUGGAGUUCUUGUGGUCGAUGGCGCCAUCCCUCAAGUGAAGGCUCCACAUGACGUCGAGCUGCUCACAUGUUGGGUCCACCGUACCUUACAUCAAUAAAACUAGAUAAAAAUAUAGUCGAUACUACCAUGUGAUCUUCUUAAACGGUUUGUAUAAGUUUAGGGUAUACAUUUCUAAUUUUAAGGUUAAGGGGGUCUUAGACAGACUCAAGUUUAAGUUGAGAGUCCUCUGGUGGACUUAUUCCCUGUAAAAAUAAGAAAAUUUUGGUGCAGAUCCUAGCAUCCGAUUCGUGAUUCAUGCUCCAAUAAUCCCUGCUUUUUCUCCUACAGCUUUGGCGUUCCAUUCCCAACUACCUCCAACGAGAUUAAGAAAAGGGGGGCAUUUAAGUUUUUUCCACUCUUACGGAUGUUCCUAAUAGAUUUAUCACUGAA